AUGGCCAACGACACCGGUAUUCCCUCCGCGUCCUCCGAGACACCAGCCGCGGAUGCAACAGAAUACAACACCUGGAACCCACCCAAAGCGUCGCCAUCCCAAUCUCCAACACCCACUGGAACGAAGACCACAACAAUCGACGCCCUCCUCUACCCCUCGGGCUCAAAAUCCCUCUCGGGAAUCUCGCUGCGCGCGUUCCUCCUCGGCACAACGCUCGGCCUCUCCACCGCGCUGACCCUCACCCUGCUAAACAUCACUGACUAUUUCAACCUCGACUCUGACUGGUCGCCGCACUACCUCUGGCGCCUCCCCUUCUUCCUAUCUAGUCUCGCGCUCUUCCACUUCCUCGAAUACUACAUCACCGCAGCGCACAACACGCGCUACGCCGACGUCGCCGCGUUCCUGCUCUCCACGAACGGGUGGGCCUACAAUGUCGCGCACUCUUCGGCGGCAGUUGAGUGUCUGCUGGGAUACCUCUUCUGCCCGCGUGACUCGUAUUUCGAGUUCACGGCUUCUGUGGACGGGGUGAAAGUCCAGGUUGUGGCUGGGCUGUUGUUUAUGGUUGUGGGCCAGGUAAUUCGCUCGCUGGCGAUGGCGCAGGCGGGGAGUAACUUCAACCAUACGGUGCAGGUUGAGCGGAAGGAUGGACAUAUGCUUGUUACGCAUGGAAUAUACAGUGUGUUGAGGCACCCGAGUUACUUUGGGUUCUUCUGGUGGGGGCUCGGGACGCAGCUGGUGCUUGGGAAUGUGGUUUGCUUUGUGGGGUACGCGGUUGUGCUAUGGAAGUUCUUUAGUAGUCGGAUUCAGAGAGAGGAGCGCUUCUUAAUUGCGUUCUUUGGGGAGGAGUAUGUGGAGUACAAGAAGAGGACCAUCGUUGGUAUCCCGUGUAUCGCAUAG